AUGUCACCCAUUGGUCUAACCAUCAUGCUAACAUGCUUAGGCAUCCCUUUAUCAUGUUUUCUUAUUCCUAACCCUACACAACGCUUAGAAAUAACAGACCUUAGCAACCAUCCAGGUUUAUUCGCUUUGAAAAUGGGUAAAGUUUUCAUUAGAGAAGGUUAUCAUACUUUGAUACAUGAAUUCAAACUUUCUGCUUUUCAAAUAGUUUUAAAUCAAUACGAGUUAAUCAUUAAUGAGCUAGAACAAAAUCCACAAACCGUAGAAAUUACUCAACUUUUGAGACAGAAACUUAGACAAGCUAGCGUAGUUUUUCAGAAUUUAAUCCCAAGACAGAAACACAAGCGUAGCAUUGAAAUUCUAGGGUCAAUAGUUAAAUCCAUCACAGGUAACCUUGAUAGUCAGGAUUUCAAAACCCUGAGUAACCAAAUUGAUACAUUGAAAAAUUCAAACAACGUUUUAAUCACGGAAAAUAACGAACAGAUUAAAAUUAACGAACUUUUUGAAAAACGAUUGAAUAACUUGACCAAACAAGCAUAUAUACAAGCAUCAGAAAUAAACAGGUUCAUUAAACAAGCUAGGCUAAAUCUAGAUAGGGCAAUAGACUGGCAACACAUGCUGCAUCUUCAAAACAUCAUCUUUAACAUGUAUAACGUUCGCUAUCAACUUGAUAUCAUCUUUGAGUCCAUCCAACUUUCUAAGCUAGGCGUGAUAUCGAAAGCAUUUCUAUAUCCUACCGAACUCGAAUUCGCCAUACAUCUCUUAACAGCAGACGGAAUCGAAGUCAACAGCUAUGAUCAAGCUUACGAAUACUUGGAACCAUCUGCCUUCCAUAAUGGUUCAUCUAUUAUCCUCUUGGUAAAAAUCCCAAAAUUUAAAAUCGGAAAUUAUCAAUUAAUCCGACUUGAAACAAUUCCAAUUGAUGGAAAAGUCAUCCAGAUAAACGGAACGUACGCCAUAACCAGCGAGACUGAAUCAUUUCUGACAAAUGAGAAAUGUACUCACGUCGAAGACAACCUUUUAUGCAACAGUCAGUAUCUGGUUAACGUUACAGAGAACGAAUGUUACCACAAGAUAUUGCGAGGAAACCCAGGCAGAUGCCCAUUUAUCAGCACCAGCCUCAAAUCACCAGAAAUAAAGCCCUUGGAAAACAAUGGGAUCUUACUAAAGAACAUAAUCAAACCACUUACUCUUCAAAACAGUUGCGGUUACGGACCAAAAAACCUAACAGGAUCAUUCUACAUAACAUUUUUUAAUUCCAAGCUGGAUGUUAUACCACUUCACUUCGUUGAAGUCAACAGAUCAUCAACACAAAUGGACCCGUUGAGGAGAUGCAACAAUUACAAAUAA